UGAUGAUGAUGGUGCAGCUGGUCGGCAAAACAACUUCUUCCUGUCAGCCACAUCGCUGGCACGCUUAUCGCUAACAUGAGACUCUUGGCGUACGUGGCGGUUGUCCUAUUAACCGUGGCUGUGAGGGGCAAGAAGAACAUAGAGGAGGAGGAGUAUGGCGUGAGAUAUGCCUCUGAGUGUGAAGUGUGCAAGCUGGUGACCAAGGAGGUUGCCGAGCAGCUGAAUGCCAAGGACUCCUCAGAGGUGAUUGAGACAGGCUACAACAUGGACUCUAAGAAGAAGAAGACCAAGUAUAACAAAUCGGAGCUGCGGUUGGUGGAGACGCUGGAGGAGGUGUGCCGUGGGAUGCUGGAUUACCGGAUCCACAAGGAGCGGCAGGAUUCCACUCGUUGGGCCAAGAAGAUGAGCCAGACCUUCCAGACCCUCCACAACCUGGUGAACAAGGGAGUGAAGGUUGAACUUGGUAUACCUAUGGAGCUUUGGGAUGAACCUUCAGCUGAGGUGGCUCAUCUCAAGACUCAGUGUGAGGGAUUUGUGGAGGACAAUGAGGAGGCCAUCAGCAAGUGGUACUUUGGGGAGCAGCAAGCGAGUCUUCAGGAGGAUGUGUGCAAGAAGGUCGUGGCCAAGCAUCAGUGUCUCUCAGAGCCCUAUGGGGAGGAGGUGGAGUCACCCCCCACUCCAACUGAUGCCAAGGGAGAUUUGUCUAGAACAGCCACUGAUAGGGAAGACCUCUGACACCAAUAUAUCUGAGAGAGAGAGAGAGAGAGAGAGAGAGAUUCUUCCAUACUUACAUCAUUUUUUAAUUUGAGUUGGUGAUUCUUGAAUUAUGAUUUAAUUGUUAUGUGAAAAUUGUGGGUGAGCAGUUCAUUCAUUUUUCAUGUUUGACAGUCCACAGUGAGUCAUGAUGAGGCAGCCUUUAUUGCAUUGCUGGGGUGAGUACAGUGGUGAGUGGUGGCAGGGCAUAAGAUGUGAUAGGGUAUGAAUGAACAGGGUAUCUUGGGAGGUAUUUUUGUCAUGGCAGUCCAAAUCCUAUUUUUGUGAUGAAAUGCAAGGCCACUCACUCCCAGCUAUGUGAGGGAGGAACACCUCACUGAUACACAGUGUGGGUGGAACUGACAGCUGGCAGGGCAGAUAGGGACCUUAUGACCACAGACCUGUAUGCUUAUAGUAAUUUAACUUGCAUGUCUUAGAAAAACUAGUUAUUUUAAUUUUUUUUAAGGUAGAAUUCUUCACAUUUUAGGGAAAAAACUCAUAAGGUUACAGCAUUUUUUAAAGUAAAACUAUGUUUUAGAGAAAAAUCUGGUUAGGUUAUAACAGUUUUUAAGGUAACAAUCUGGUUGGUAAUGUCUCUCCAGUUUGUGUCUGCUUUGCCAGUUGCCAGUGGCCCCUCGCUGUGGAGGACAGGGUGGCUGUGUGUAGAAAGUAUGCUCUGUGUCACCCUUGUGGGAGAGGCUUGGUUCAAGAGUGACAUCUAUCUGUAUAGAAGUUAUGAGUAUUGUGUAGAGGAGGGAGAGGAGAGCUGUAAUAGAGAAAGAUUAGGAGUGGAGUAUGUGAAUGAAGACAGUAUGUAAGUAGUAAGAAAAAGGUAGCUGGAAUAUGAAGAGUAAUCUUGGAAAAUGUAAUGAAUGAGAAGAGAGUAAGGCAGGCAACAUUUUUCAGGAAGGGUAUGAAAGCAGGUGUUGAGUGAGUGUUUGUGUAGGGUGGUACAUACUGUGCUUGUACAUGGUGAUAGAGGAGACAGAAAAAACAAAAGUCAGGCUCAAAUAUGGUAAAGCUGCAAAUGUAAAGGAGAUGAUUAAUGAAACAUUGAAAUAUUGGAGAUAUGCUGUGUUAAAGAUAGAUUUCUGAAAUGUAACCUUUCUUGGGGAAGAGAGAAGUCUCAAAUGAGUGGAGAAAGGGGUUCAGAAAGGUGGAAUGGCAGGAUAAAGGAGCACCACAUGUGUGAAGGGGGUGCUGUAGCCUGUGUCAUGGAUUGCAACAACAACACUUAGCCUCCUGUGCAUUUGUGGGCAUGGUGACACUGUGUGGGCAAUGCUCUAGCCUGCUGACUGGCCACUUCUUGCCUUGUUUCAAUGUUCAGCAUGUUGAUUUUAGUCUUCCUGGCAAAAUGCUUAGUGCAGAAACCAAAACAUUUCAGUCAGUCCAUGAAACACACCAUAACAAAAUGAGGGAAGUUGCAAGAAGCCACGUGGCAGUCCCUGCAUGAAACAUACCUGGCUGUUUGCACCUGUCAUCUUCCACGAAUAGAUCUAAUCUUUUAAACUCCCUAAUGACUCAGCACAAACAACUUGCUUAUUGAGUCUAUUCCAUUCAUCCACCACUCUGAGAUAAGAUAAACACAAGGAACGGUUGGUAAUGAUGUACAUAUUAAUGGAUGCCUUGGGAAAUAUUUUGAAUAGAGUUUGGCAUUGAAGAAAUAUUGAGUUUGAGUGUGGUGGUGUUACUGUGUUGUGUAGGGGGUGAUGCAUUGGGUUCACACUCAUAAGGGCUUGAGUUGGAGUCUUAAGCUAUGGGAGUGAAUGGAUUUGUCUCCUCUAACACCACACCCACUAUUGAGUAAGGAUGUAGGCCUCUUGCUAGAAGUGCAGCUUUCCUGUGUGUGUGUGUGUGUGUGUGUGUGUGUGUGUGUGUGUGUGUGUGUGUGUGUGAAGGGUACAGAAAUGUUCUAUGCUACACUCCAGGGAUAAAUAGAGGUGUAAUUUUUAUCAUAAUUUUUAUAUAAGAGUGAACUUGGUGUGAUGUACUGUUUUAUAAUACUCAUAGUUGGUGUGUUCAGGUAUAUGGCGACUUAAGCUGAUGUUGAUUUUGUUUUGAUUGUGUACUGUAUUUUUUUAAGGCGUUGUUGUGUGAAGAGAAAUAAAAUCUUUACCUAAAA